AUGGUGAAGAGAGGCGCCUGGAAGCGCCUUCUCGGCAUUGCUAAGAAGACGACCGCAGCCUGCGAGACGCUUAUCAACGUGAGUCAAGAUGCCGAUCGCCGAGCUGCCGAUCUACGAGACGCGGAAUGGUGCUGUUCGGACGUGGCCUUCAUGGACAUUCCCGUUCCUGAGUUGCCCGACCACCGGUACCUGGACAGCGAGUGCCAGGCGUGCGGCACCGACCUCAUCGAGGGCUGCGCAGGGACAGCAAGACCUACGCGACUAGCUUCACGCUUUGAGCUGAGGGCCUCGCCGAGCGCCGACAUAGAGGACGGCUGGGACUUGUCAACUACGCGAGGUGCUCAGAGAUGGAAAGAUCAGAUACAGAAAGACAAGCCCCUCUACGUGAUCGUAGGCUUCCCCUGCACACUCUGGUGCUCCUACAACGUCAAUGUGAAUUACGUCGACCAUCCCGAGCUGCUUGAGAGACUUCGUGCUCGGGAUCGACGGCUGAUUGACUUGAUCAAGUGGACCAUCAAGUACCAGGUGAAGCAUGGCCGGUUCUUCUUGUUCGAGAACCCGCCGACGUCAGCGAUCUGGAAGGACCUCCAGUUCGCCCCGCUCCUGCCCUUGGGCGAGACCGUUAUUGGCCAUGGGUGCCAGUACGGGAAGACAGGCAAGACUGGCCUGCCGAUUCGCAAGGCGUAUCGCUGGUUCUCCAACUCGCCGCCCGUGCUUGCAGCUCUGAGCCGCCGCUGCCCAGGACUUCGUCCGGAGUCCGGGGGCCACUUGCGCGAUCAGAUCGAGAACUCGAAGUGGACAAAGGCCAGCGGCGAGUACACCGACGAGAUGGCCCACGCGAUGCUCUACGCGAUCCAGCAGGUCGCCGCCCAGAGGAAUCCGAGCAGGUUCGCCGACAUGCCGGUUGCGGCUACCGAGUGGGAGGUCGCCUACAACCACGCAGGUCCCAUCGAGGUGCUGUUCGCCUCGCCAGAGAAGGACCCCACCAGGUGGGAGGCGGUCAUGCAGGGCGUCCGACAGAUCGUGGGCGGUUCCGCCAACCGAGGCGGGAACAAGGCCAUGCAUUACCUUUCGAAGUCAUCCACGCUCUGGAGACAGAUUAGCCAGCUCGUCCCGUGGGACCUCACGAUGAUUCAGCUCGCGAAGUCAGCCAAGCAAAGGAGGUUCCCCAUCAACAAGGAGCCGUGGUCUCACCGGGGCCACUGCUACGUGGACGAGAAGGGGCAUUACCACAUCGAAGCCGAGGACCUGGUUGACGUGGCCUUCCCGACGUUGGCCUUGUCGCCGCCCGCGGACCUAGCCGUUUUCUUCUUCGGCUAUGCCAAGCAGGAGUCCCUCCCGCAGGAGCCUGACACGUCACAGAUAGAGAAGCGAAUGCCGCUUCCCCCGGACCCGAACGACCCGAUGCUGCCGAACAACAGCCUGCCGCCCGACGAGGACGACGACCUGCAGGACGUCCCGAUCGCUCGGAUGCCUGACGCGUCCGGCGGUAUGGCUGGUAUACGUUUUGUUGGAGUGACAAAGGAGCAGUGUCCUCGUGAAGUUCGCCAGCUUGUCGCUCGUAUGCACUGUAACUUGGGACAUCCGGUGCCCAGCGAGUUCUUCCAGUUCCUGGCUCAGAGAGGCGCCUCGCAGGCUACGCUGCUGUGCGCCAGAGCGCUGAGGUGCCCGGCGUGCCUUCGUCGCAAACGGCCUCAGCGACAGCGGGAGUCACAGAUUCCAAGGGUGGGUCUGUUCAACGACUUAGUCAAGGGCGACUCGUUCUACGUCAUGACCCACGACGGAGACGUCUGGGAGAAGUUCCAGACGUGCUGGCUCACCCCGUUCGGGAUCAUGCAGAUUCUGGUUGUCGACCGGGACGGUGCCUUCGAAGCCGUGUUCAUGGACAACUGCCACACGUUGGGAAUCGACGUGAGGUACGUGCCGCCAGGAGCUCACUGGCAGUUGGGCCUGGCCGAAUCCGGCAACUACGCCUGGCGCCGAGUCUUCGAGAAGGUGAUCGACGUCAUCCUGCCGACGAUGCCAGAGCACGUGGACCUUGCGAUCAUCUCGACGAGCCACGCCGUAAACCAGUCAGUGCGCCGAGCAGGCCGCACCGCCUAUGCCGCCGCCUUCGGACGGGUACCCACGCUUCCGACCGAGCUCUUGGCUGACACCACGUCCGCCGAGUUCUGGCACAAUUGCACCCAGGAUGAGAUGCUGGCCUACGGGGAGAGAUGCCGCAUUGAGGCGCUCAAGGCGAUCGCCGACCUGGAGGCCGACGAGGCGCUGCGCACCUCCAUCCUCCGCCAGCCUGUCAACCGCAAGGAGUACGACUUCCUCUCGGGACAGCGCGUGGCAGCCUGGGGCGAGCAUGGUCGCAAGCGACGGGGCAAGACGCCCGUGGCAGGGUAUCGCCCAGGCAUUUUCUGUUUCUGGGAUUCCGGCACCAACGGCUACGGCGAGGGCGAGUCUGCCUGGUUGCGGAUCGGGCACCGCACUGUGCAGGUGGCCCGCGAACACAUGCGCCCAGCCGUCGGUUUCGAGGGCUGGACCCCUUCCGAGGAGGACCUCAAGGAGCUCAAGACGGCCGAGCAGGACUUGGCGAAGGCCAGAGCGGUACCCGGCGUCGAGCCCAGAGUCGAGCCGAAGGCGAAGCUCCAGAGCCCGCUGCGCCCUUUCCGUGGCCGGCACCGCCUCAGUUCGGACCAGUCAGAACACGAGAGCGCUCUGCGACGAAAGCUUCCUCACAUACCGGGCUCACCGAGCCCAGCAGCCUUCGUGUCCAACGAGUCGGACGAGAUGGAGUUCAUCACACCGGAUGGCUGGGACGGAGUCGAGGAGCCAGUCCUGCUCAGGACCCGCGUGUUCUCGAGCCUGGCGGAGGUCCAGGAGGCCUACGAGGCGCACCUCUUGCCCAUCGAGAACUUCGAGAACGACCCGAUCGACGACAGCGAGCCGGACGACGACUGGACAAACUGCCUGUACAUGACCUACCACGAGCUCUCCGACCUCAGGGACGGCGAGAUGGACGUGGACUGUGCGACAGCACAGGUGGGCGACACGACGGACUCGAACAACCUGUCGAGACGCGAGCAGCGUCAACUGGAUCGUGAAAUCCCCUGGCGGGAGAUCGCAGAGUACCCGGAGGACCAGUUCAUGGAGUACGUCAAGGCCUUGCGCAAGGAGUGCCAGAACUGGGACACCUGGAAGUCCGUUCGGGCCUGCUCGCAGGAGGAGGCCGAACAAGUUCGUCGUGACCCUCAUCUCCGCAAACGGUGCAUCCGCUCGCGCGUGUGCUACCGGGACAAGAACUUGGGGUUUCCGCCGUUGAAGGCCAAGGCUCGCCCGGUGUUGCUGGGGUUCUCCGACCCCGACCUGGAGAAGUUGCCGCGUAACGCCCCGGUGCUGACCGACGCUGGCAAGAAGCUGAUCUGCCAGAUCGCGGUCUCGAAUGACUGGCGAGUCGGGACCGGAGACGCGGAGAGCGCCUUUCUCCAGGGAGGCGCCCAGAGCGAGCGCGAGGAGGCGAUCUACAUGAUUCCGCCCAAGGACCCGAUAGUUCAAGCCGCCGGAGUCUUCACCGCCCCACUCUACGAGGUGGUCGGCAACCUGCACGGUCAGUCGACGGCGCCGUACCUAUGGUACAAGCACGUGGUGACGACCUUCCUGGCGCUGGGCAGCAAGCUCCACAGCCUCGAUUCAGCUCUCUUCCUGUGGUUUUUUCCGAACAAUGAGUUGGCUUGCGCGGUGGGUAUGCACGUGGACGAUGCUCUUGCGGCACACCAUCCCAAGUUCGACUUCACACCGAUCGAGAAGGCUAUUAAAUGGCGAGGCUGGCAGUGGGACAACUUCGUCUUCCUCGGCGAGGAGUACCAGCGCCUACGUCAAGGUCCGUACAGCGGAAGUUUGUUUGUUCAUCAAGCGGCCUACACUAUGGCGAUUGCAGUCACGAAGGUUGGAGUUAUGUCCAGCACUCGGUCUUCUUCUAAGCUGACGCGCUCUGAGCGCGAAGAUCUGGAGUCUGCUGUCGGUUCGCUCCAGUGGUUGUCCGGACACACACGUCCAGACCUGUCAGCCGCGGUUUCCCUUGUCCAGAGGACCGACCCCGAGCUGAACGACCUACGGAUGGCCAUGAAGCACGUAGAGUACGCGCACCGCACAGCCCAGACUGGCAUCCUGAUCGUCCGCGUCGAUUUGAGCCGCGCCUGCUUCGUGAGUUUUGCAGACAGCUCAUGGGCGAACGCUCCAGGAUUGAAGACCCAGAUCGGCACCCUCAUCUUUCUGGCAGACGAGGUGAUACUCACCGGACCCACGUCAUGUACUCUCUUGUUUCACAAGUCCAAGAGAACGCCGAGAGUGGUGAGAUCUACGCUGGCUGGGGAAGCUAUCGCGCAGGACCUGGGAGUGGACUACGCGUCGUACUUGUCGAAGUUCCUGUCCGAGAUGUUGACUGGACGGCCUGCUGGCCGACACCCACCGAUCUUCGAGGUUAUCACCGUUACCGACUGCAAGUCUCUGUACGAUGCCCUCCACCAGCUCACCCCGAGUUUGUCUGAGAAACGUACUGUGAUCGACGUGAUUUCCAUUCGUGACGAGGUGAAGGUCAAGAACGUCAGAUGGAUCCCUACGACGCACAUGAUAGCCGACGGCAUGACCAAGGAGGAUCCGAAGCUUCGGGAGAAUCUGACCAAGUUCCUGGCGGAUCCAGUGCUUUCGCUCGUGGAGUCGAUUGCUUGCGAGGAGCUGACCGGGCCCGAGCCGGGCGCCCGCCCGGAGGCGCUGGACGCCGCGAGUUUCGGCCCGCCCCGGCGCGUGUCCUCCGCCCUGGUGGCCGCCGCCUGCCGCGAGGGCGGCGCCCGGUGGCGGGGCGCGACGCUGUACCUGCGCACCGACGGCGCACCGCCCGGCGCCGCGGCGGCCGACCGUGCGGCCACCGCCCGGCUCGGCGGGUCCCUGGCCGCCGCGUGCGAGGACGCGGCGUCGGCGGCGGCGCUCGUCGGGGCGCCCGCCGCCGCCACGGGCCGCGGGCGGGUGCUCGCGCUGCGCGCCCCGCCCGACGAGGCGGCCGCGGAGGGCCCGGUGCUGUCGCUGGAGCUGCGGCCCGGCGAGGGCCUGCUGGAGCUCUACGGGCGGCCUAGCCUCUACGCGGUGCAGGACGACUCCGCCCUGCGCGCCGGGGAGCUCGCCAAGGAGGGCAGGUACAGCGCGCGGGACCUCUUCUCCGGCAGGCCGGACCGCGCGGUGCGGGCGCUGACCGCGCUGGCCGAGUUGCCAGAGGCCGACGGCAGCGCUCGGCUGCAGGCCUUCGUGGGCGGCGCCCUCGUGCCGCUGCAGCCGCAGGCCGACGGCGCGGGGGAGGCGGCGCCGCUGCCGCAGGCGCUGCAGGCGCUGGGGCUGCGCGGUACACGCGCGCUGCUGGAGGCGUGCGCCCUGCUGCUACAGGGCGAGGGCGCCGAGCUGCUCUCCGCGCUGCUGCGCGCCCAGUGCGGCGCCGCGGCGGGCGUGCGCGGCGCCGCGCGCGACCUGCAGGAGGUGCUCGCGCAGCACCCGGGGGCGUCGCGGCGGGCCUGCGCGGCCCAGGCGCCCGAGGAGGCUCUGGACGCCGCCCUCGCCCGCGGCUUCUGGACGCUGCCAGCGGACGAGAGCGGCGCCCGUCAGCGCGAGCGCGAGGCCGAGAGGCUACUGGAGCGGGCCCGGCGAGAGCUGUGGCAGGAGGGCAGCGCCUCGCGGCGGGAGCUGGAGGCGCAGAUUGGGCACUUCCUGACCCGGUACGCCCUGGGGGCCGCCGCCGCGGAGGCCUCCCUGCGGCUGAGCUUCGCGAGGGCGCCCGCCAGCGCCGCCGACGCAGAAGCGCUGCGGCGGAACCGCUUCGCGCCCCUGCGCGGCGCGGAGGGCCUCUGGGCCCGCGCGGAGCUGCUGCCCCUGGCGCUGCCGCCCGCGGCGAGCGCGGCGCAGUGAGGGCGGCGAGGGGCCGGGGCGUGGGUGGCCAGCGGAGCCGCGGGCACGAUUCGGGACGAUCGAAAUGGAUGGGGCUGGAGGUGCG